AUGUUACUCAUCUUCAAUACCCUCCUAAACAUUCGCCAUUUGACCAUCGCUCCUUCUCAUGUUUCAAAUUCAAACAUACGCCCGACGUGUCCAGGUGGUAACCUCCAUACUCGCUCAGUGGUAAAUAAUCUUCCUCCAUUUGCCUCUGGUAGACCACCGUUAGUGGUUGAGGAACCACACCCAGCCACUUCGUUUUUUGUCGAGGGUCGUUCAAAUCGGUAUACAGUUCAAGAAGCAAAACAGCUGCAUAGCUACAUUGUUAAAUUGGGUUCUUCUAAUAUCUAUUUUAUCAAUUCUCUUAUACAUGUUUAUGCUAUUAACGGUGCUUUAGGAGAUGCACGUAAAUUGUUCGAUGAAACACCUCAUCGGGAUGUUGUUUCUUGGACCACCUUGGUUGAUGGGUACGCAAAAUUUGGAAAGAUGCAUGAUGCCAAAGAGUUAUUUGACUCCAUGCCAAUGAGAAAUGUAGUUUCUUGGAAUGUUAUGAUUUCUGGAUAUGGAAAACAAGGGGAUGUCGAGGCUGCAGUGGGGCAGUUUAAUGAGAUGCCUGAACGCGAUAUUGUCUCUUGGAAUUCCUUGAUUACUUCCUACACACGUAAUGGUUUCUCUGAGAAGGCACUCGAGACCUUUAUAGAUGCACUAAAUCAAACUGCGUUAAUACCCAACAAAGUGACUUUUCUGAGCAUCCUUCCGGCAAUUGCAGAUUUGGGUUGCGCAUUACUGGGUAGAUGUGUUCAUUCCUUUAUUCUCAAAGCAGGGAUAGAGGUGGAUGGUCUGUUGUCUUCAGCUCUCGUAGAUAUGUAUUCGAAAUGUGAUUGCUUAGAGCAAGCUGUACAUGUUUUUGAAAGUAACCCAUCUCGAGCAAACGUGGCUUCUUGGAAUCCCCUGUUCGCAGGAUUGGUCCGAAAGAGCAUAUUUGAAGAUGCCUUAGAUUUAUUUCGAACGAUGCAGUCAGAGAACGUUGAACCUGAUUAUGUUACUAUUGUGACAGUGCUUCCUGCAAUCGCAGAUUUGGGAGCUAUUGGUCUUGGAAAAUGGAUUCACACGUAUGCGAAAAGAAGAAAGAUUGGGAUGAAUGCUACCCUUAAUUCCGCACUCAUAGACAUGUAUUCAAAAUGUGGAUGUAUAGAGCUCGCUCAGCAAGUUUUCACUAUGGCUGAAGAUAAAACCGUUGAGUUAUGGAAUGCCAUGAUAGCUGGGCUGGCUAUCAAUGGCCGGGGAAAGGAUGCCAUAAAGCUAUUUUCUCAAAUGCAAGCAGAAAAUUUAGAGUUCGAUGACAUUACACUUGCAUCUGUCCUUAACGCUUGCAGCCAUUCAGGCCUAAUUGAUGAAGGUCUUGGCUUUUAUGCUGCCAUGAAGGAUGUAUACGGGAUGACACCAAAACUGCAACACUAUGGUUGCAUUGUUGAUCUUCUUGGCCGAGCUGGACGACUGGAAGAAGCAAAGAAGGUAAUAUGCAGUGAUAUGGACAUAAAACCUGAUGAUGUAAUCUGGAAAUCACUGCUUGGAGCCUGCAAAAUACAUGGUCAUGUAGAGAUUGGUGAGUUUGCAGCUCGCAAACUAAUCGAAAUUAACCCAAACGACAGUAGCACGUAUGUCUUGAUGUCAAGCAUAUAUGAUGCAGUAGGUCGGUCCAGGGAUGCAGUCAUGAUCAGGAAGAUGAUGAACGAUGGCAAAGUAAGGAAAGAACCUGGUUUCAGUUUCAUUGAGUUGGGGGGCACAGUUCAUGAGUUCCUUGUAGGAGAUAGAUCACAUCCAAGGAUGGAAGAGAUCCAUAACAUGUUAAAUGAAAUUGCUGACAAGCUGAAGUCAAUGGGAUAUGUGCCCCAGAAAAAGCUGGUGCUGUUCGACAUGGAUGAUGAAGAGAAGGAAGUGGCAAUUUAUCACCACAGUGAAAAAUUGGCCAUUGCAUUUGGUCUUAUUAACAGUUUACAUGGAACUCCUCUUCAUGUGGUUAAGAACCUUCGUAUGUGCAGUGACUGUCAUGUUUUCAUGAAAAUGGUAUCCAAGAUAUAUAAUCGUGAAAUUGUUGUUAGAGAUCAGCGCCGGUUUCAUCAUUUUAGGAGUGGAAGGUGUUCAUGCAUGGAUUAUUGGUAA